AUGCCGACUUUGGAUGCUCCAGAAGAGAGGCUGAGAAAAUUUAAGUAUCGAGGCAAAGAUGCAUCUAUGAGGCGACAACAACGGAUGGCAGUCAGCCUGGAGCUUCGGAAGGCCAAGAAAGAAGAGCAGGCCUUAAAGAGGAGAAAUAUCACCAGUGUCUCCUCUGACUCCGCUUCUGAACUAGCCAAAGGAGUCAGCCUCAACCUGCAAGAAAUAAUCAAUGGUGUGAAUGCCUCAGAUCCAGACCUAUGUUUCCAGGCCACCCAGGCAGCCAGGAAAAUGUUGUCCCGUGAAAGGAACCCUCCUCUAAAACUGAUUGUUGAAGCCGGGCUCAUUCCCAGGCUGGUAGAGUUCCUGAAGUCAUCACUUCAUCCCUGCUUGCAGUUUGAGGCAGCCUGGGCUUUGACCAACAUUGCCUCUGGGACUUCGGAGCAGACUCAGGCUGUUGUGGAAAGUGGGGCCAUCCAACCUUUGGUUGAGCUCCUGUCUUCCCCCCACAUGACUGUGUGUGAACAGGCAGUGUGGGCCCUUGGUAAUAUAGCAGGUGAUGGCCCAGAAUUCAGAGACCUGGUUAUCUCAAGCAAUGCCAUUCCACAUCUGCUGGCCCUGGUUUCAUCAACCAUACCAAUCACGUUUCUGCGAAACAUCACAUGGACUUUGUCCAAUCUUUGCCGAAACAAGAGCCCUUACCCCUGCAAGAAAGCAGUGAAACAAAUGUUGCCCGUGCUCUUCCACCUCCUGCAGCACCAAGAUGGCGAGGUUCUCUCAGACACCUGCUGGGCCCUGUCCUACCUCAGUGAUGGCUGUAAUGAGCGCAUCGGCCAAGUGGUAGACACGGGGGUCCUGCCUAGGCUGGUCCAGCUCAUGACCAGCUCGGAGCUCAAUAUCUUGACCCCCUCUCUCCGCACCGUGGGGAACAUAGUCACAGGAACGGAUCACCAGACCCAGGUGGCCAUUGACGCAGGCAUCCUGAAUGUGCUGCCCCAGCUCCUCAUGCACCCCAAGUCCUCCAUCCAGAAGGAGGCAGCUUGGGCCUUGAGCAACGUGGCUGCAGGGCCCUGCCAGCACAUCCAGCAGCUGAUUGCUUGUGGCACGCUGCCUCCCUUGGUGGCUCUGCUAAAAAAUGGAGAAUUUAAAGUCCAGAAAGAGGCUGUUUGGACCGUGGCUAACUUUACAACUGGAGGCACCAUAGACCAGUUGAUCCAGCUUGUCCACUCUGGAGUAUUGGAGCCACUGGUGAAUCUGCUUACCACCCAAGAUCCCAAAAUUGUUAUCAUAAUCCUUGAUGUUAUCUCUCUUAUCCUCAAGGCAGCAGAGAAACUUUCAGAGAAGGAAAACAUGUGUCUCCUGAUAGAAGAAAUUGGUGGCGUUGAUAAAAUUGAGGCUUUGCAACUACAUGAGAACCCCCAGGUUGCCCUAACUGCUUUGAACAUUAUCGAGAAUCAUUUUUGUGAGGGAGAAGAAAGCGGUACAGUAUUACCAGCCCUGGAGGAAGAUUGUGAAUUCUUAAACCAAUUAACAAAAAAUUACCAAGGCCCCAUGACUUCUAAACCAAGGACCACACCCUAA